AUGCAGGCGAUUAUCUUAGCCCACUCAGAGCCAUCAGAAUUAUCUCAACUCACAGUAUCUAAUUGUUGUGGUCUACUCCCAUUCCACAAUGGAACUCUUUUGUCCAAUCUGAUCGAUCGGUUUGUGGCAAGCGAUGUGUGCGAGAUUGUGAUCGUACACCGGGAGGCUCACACCGCAGUACUGGAACAGUUUAUUGACAAUCAUCGUUCUAAUUGGCCAGCCUAUACGGAGAUCUCAUUGUGUGCGGUACCCGCCUCGUGUCCAGUGCUAGACUGUUUUCAGCGUAUUCGCGCGCGAAUUCAUUCGGAUUAUGUGUUUCUCACGGAGACCACCGUGGCCGUGACCGAUUUGAACUUGCGACGCCCAUUUCUCACUCUGAUUCGAAAUCAUGCACAACUGGUGGCUGUGUUUGCCAGUCUGCCAACCGCGGAGAGUAAACUUUUCAAAUCUGUCCCCCGUGAACUGGUCCUUUUGCGAAAUCACAGCGAUGAGUUGCUCGGUUAUUUUGCUUCAACUGAGAUCAGGAAACAUAGCACAGUACCACGAUUACUAACAGAAACUGGGUCAGAGUUAUUGAUUCGGUCGGAUCUACGCGAGGUCGGUUUUUAUCUUCUCUCACGUUCUUGUAUGGAGAUGCUUGCUCGAUCACGAGAUGAUGUCGGUCAUCGGAAGAAGACAAUGUCACAAUUCAUCAACACAUUUCCGUCUAGUUCCUCGCGUCAUAAAGACUCGACUUUCACAGGUUCCCUGACAGAGGACCCUCCUGAUAAUUCUUUGUCUGAAACUGACCAGUUUUAUAUGACCAUGAAAAAACCUUGUGGGGCCUUUUUGUAUGAACAUCAGGAUGCUAAAGUGUGCAUCAAAUUAGAUGAUCCGUUUUUGUUCGCCGAAGCGGUCCACAUGGCUUUCCAGAAAUCCUCUGCCCAGAAAAAAGGCAACCACAUAGCCCAAGGCUGUGAACCGGAUCCGACUGCAACAAUCCGGUCAAGUUUCAUCUGUGAUGGUUGUACGAUUGGACCAAAUGUGGAAAUUAUCAACUCGUUACUACUUCCAGGUGUAACUGUCAAACAGGGGUGA